GCGCUCGGUGCCCGCCGUGCCCGCGGAGGGAGGGCCCUCGCCCGGCGAGUGGCCAAUCCGGGCGGGCGCUGGCGGCGAGCAGGGGCAGAAUGGGCUGUAGUUGAGCGAAAUAGGGAAAGCGGCGAACAGUGUGGAGCGUUCCCGGUGUAAAUAAAAGGGGGGGCGAAAAAAAAAAAAAAAAAAAAAAAGUUUGUGGAAGUCGCCGCCCUGCAGCCUCGCUCGGGCAGCGGCGCGGGGGCUUGUGCGGUGCGGGAGCCCGGCACGGAGGACUUUAGUGCGCGGCGUUAACACGCUCUGCCUAUUGUUUGUGUUUUUUUCCAAAAUAUGGCAAAGGUUCAGGUGAACAAUGUAGUGGUGUUGGAUAAUCCUUCUCCUUUCUACAAUCCUUUCCAGUUCGAAAUCACAUUCGAGUGCAUAGAGGACCUGUCUGAAGAUUUGGAAUGGAAAAUAAUUUAUGUGGGUUCAGCUGAAAGUGAAGAGUAUGAUCAGGUGUUAGACUCUGUUUUAGUUGGACCUGUUCCUGCAGGCAGACACAUGUUUGUAUUUCAGGCUGAUGCACCUAACCCAGGGCUUAUUCCAGAUGCAGAUGCAGUAGGUGUAACAGUUGUGCUAAUUACAUGCACGUACCGAGGUCAAGAAUUUAUUAGAGUCGGCUACUAUGUAAACAAUGAAUAUACUGAAACAGAACUGAGAGAGAAUCCACCAGUCAAGCCAGAUUUUUCUAAGCUUCAAAGGAAUAUUUUGGCAUCUAAUCCCAGAGUCACAAGAUUCCACAUUAAUUGGGAGGACAACACUGAAAAACUGGAAGAUGCAGAGAGCAGUAACCCAAAUCUACAGUCCUUGCUUUCCACAGAUGCAUUACCUUCAGCAUCAAAGGGGUGGUCAACAUCAGAAAAUUCACUAAAUGUUAUGUUAGAAUCUCAUAUGGACUGCAUGUGACUAACCACCAUCCUUUUGGUACUGUAUAUGUGUUAAACUGUAAAAACAACCAGAACUAUUUCCUUCAAAUUCCAUAAGUACAUAGUUGAAGCAAUGUGAAGAACUUGUUUUAAAACAUCCUGUAGAAAGUUUAUAAAAAAAACCCAAAAAAAACCCAACAAACAAACAGUAUUUGAGCAGAUUGUGAAAUAUAAAUACAACUAUUUUUAAGUAA